AUGAUGGCACAACCCGUGCCACAUCAGACGCCGGAUAAGAAGCGCGUCAAGGUCUACGAGCUCCGUAACAAUGACUGGUUUGAUCGCGGAACCGGCUUUUGCACGGCCGCCUUCGUCACUAUUGAAGAUGGCCAGCCGAAGGAACCUCGCGUCAUUGUCGAAUCCGAAGACCACCCCGACAGACUUUUACUCGAGACCAAAAUAGUUAAGGAUGAUGGCUUCCAGAAGCAACAAGAUACUCUCAUCGUAUGGACCGACAAUGGCGUCGACAUGGCAUUGAGUUUCCAGGAGGCUGAUGGCUGCGCCCUGAUCUGGAAAUUUAUCGACGGUGUUCAGCAGACCUUUCAGAGUGUCAUGGGCGGUCCCGAUGACGGGCUUUCGGAUGACAUUGCGAUAGAAAUGCCUGCAGCGAUCCAGCUGCCAGCGGCAGACCUCGGGACCCUGUGCGAGCUGGAGUCAAAUAUGCGAAUCAUGAGCUCCACGGCCAACGGCCGCGAUGCGCUAACGAAAGCAAUCAUGAGCGAUGACUACAUCAGCAAACUGAUUCCAUUAGUGGAGAUAGCCGAAGACCUCGAAAGCCUCCCCGACCUGCACCGAUUAUGUAAUAUUAUGAAGACGGUCCUUCUCCUCAACGACACUAGCAUCAUCGAACAUGCCGUCUCGGACGACUGCGUGCUAGGCGUUGUGGGCGCUCUGGAGUACGACCCCGAUUUUCCGAGUCACAAGGCGAACCACCGGCAGUGGUUGAACAGCCAGGGGCGGUACAAGGAGGUUGUGCGAAUCGAAGACGACCAAAUCCGCCGCAAGAUCCACCAGACCUACCGGCUGCAGUAUCUCAAGGACGUCGUGCUGGCCCGGAUUCUCGACGACCCGACCUUUUCCGUCCUUAACUCGCUCAUUUUCUUCAACCAGGUGGACAUUGUACAGCAUCUCCAGAACAACAGUGGUUUUUUGAACGAUCUCUUCAGCAUCUUUGCCGAUCCGUCCGAGGAGCAAUUGCGCAAGAAGGAGGCGGUUCUUUUCAUACAACAAUGCUGUGCCAUUGCCAAGAACCUCCAGCCGCCGGCGCGCCAGAACCUGUACAACAACUUCCUUUCCCACGGCCUCCUGCGCGUGAUCAAUUUUGGACUGCGGAACCUCGACGUGACAGUCAGGGUUGGCGCGACAGACAUUUUGGUCUCCAUGAUUGACCACGAUCCCCAGAUGAUCCGACAUACUAUCUACCGACAGAUCCAGGAGAAGCAGCAGCCACUCACUGAUACCCUAAUCGACCUCCUCCUGGUUGAAGUAGACUUGGGCAUCAAGUCCCAAGUGUCGGAUGCGCUCAAGGUUCUCCUCGACCCAACACCUCCUGGAGGACCGCCCGAGACGAGGAGCGAGUUCAUUAUCGGCCAGCCCCGUGGAAGGCCCCAGGUAGCCAUCGACCCCCAGCAGGAGCUGUUCCUGACCCAUUUCUAUGAGCAUUCGGCUGUUAGACUGUUCAAGCCGCUUCUCGACCUUGAAAAACGGGCCGAGUUGAGGUUUAACGUCCUGCACGACGGGAUAUUUGGUUACCUAAACGACAUUCUUUGCUUCUAUAUUCGCCAGCACCAGCAUCGCAGCAAAUACUUUUUACUGCAGCACAAUAUUGCGCAGAGAUUCAACCGGCUGCUCUCCUGCAAGGAGAAGCAUCUCCAGCUUGUUGCGAUACGAUUCUUCCGCCAACUCGUAGUUCUGCAAGAUGAUUUUUAUAUCAAGCACCUAGCUGACAAGCAGAUCCUCGGGCCGGUACUGGAUGUCCUGUUGCGGACAAUGCCGCGGGACAAUCUCCUGUGCUCUGCUUGCCUGGACCUUUUUGGCCUCAUCUAUAAAGAGAACAUAAAGGAGCUGAUAAAACACGUCGUCGAGAAUUACCGCGAGAAGGUCAUGGCGCUGUCGUACAUCGACACUUUCCGCGAGAUCCUAAGUCGUUACGACCAGAGUCAGGGCUUCACUGCCGUCGUAGAACCCUACUUUAUGGAACCCGAGGACGAAGUCGGCAGGAGACCAAUGAAUGCGGGCGCAAGGGGCGGCAUGAUGGAACACCUUACCGUGGAGCAUCAGUCUCAUCAGGAAGACUAUCUGAACACGUCAGACGACGAUGACGAGAACCACGCGAGGCCCCCUAAUCAGGCUUUAUUGUCAAAUGGGAACAACACUACAAAGCCCCUCGUCGAGUAUACUUCGGAUGAAGAGGGCGAGGAUAGUGGAGGUGAUUCAGUCAUGACUACCGGAGCCGACCAGCCCCUACCAGACGACCAUGCGAAAGAGAACCAGGCACCGCCGACAACCCCGGGUAGCAUUGCCGCAGUCACUCCGCCGCCCGAGCGGCUAUCUGAGAAGCGACGCCGGGAAGAGGACGAAGACGACCCGAUCGACAAGCUCCAAUACCACAAACGCCGAAACAGCAGUGUCAGUUCAACGAACAGUGCGGUCAGCGUCGGCAGCACCAUGGGGCUUCGCAAAAAGAAGGCCUUUGGCGGCAGCCGUGACGCCAGUCCAAACCGUGGCGGGCCCAAGAAGAUUGCGAUUAGCAUCUCGUCUACGAUCAAGUCGAUUACGGCAAAAUCCUCGACCUCUGCCAACGAAGAUAGCGGCAAGUGA